AUGAGCCUCAUGCAGCGUGCACUCGUCCGUCCUGGACGAGUGUCGCCCUUCGCGACCCGACCGCGAACAACCACCGUCUCUCCCCGACUGCGGCAGCGCAGACUCAAGUCCGACUCUUCGUCCGCCCCCGAACCUGCGGUCGAGAGCAAGGCCGCCAAAACCGCCGAGGAGACCGUGCAUACAUCUCAGACAAACGCAUCCUCAUCUUCUCAACCGUCAUCCUCAUCCUCUCCGGCACCGUCUUCCCCGCCGACCCCUUCUUCGCCUGCACCACCCUCCAAUACAGUCGCUGCGAGUGCUGGGGCGGCGACGCCCCCGGCGACGGCCAACACGACGGCAAAAACAGUUGCGCGAUCCCGUGGCUUGCGUGAGAUUAUCAAGUCAGGCCCGCUCGGCAGGACGGGGAGAUGGUACAGCCGGGUGCAGGAGAAGAGGCCCUACACAACACAGGUGUGCAGCUCGAUCAUCAUCUACCUGUGCGGUGACCUGAGCGCGCAAAUACUGUUCCCUUCAGAGGCUCCGGGGCCCGCGAAGGCCGCGCAGGAUGAUGCAACAGGAUCAAAGGAUGUACGAGAGCAAGAAGUCAGUAGCGGAGGCGGAUACGACCCGUGGAGGACGCUGCGACACUUGAUUGUUGUCGUGCAACAGAUGUGCUUUACACCGGUCUUCAACACAUACUUCUUCAGCCUGCAUUCUCUCUUAGCAGGCGCUACGCUCGAAGAGACCUGGGAGCGGCUUAAGAAAGCGCUCCCGGUCAGCAUCACCAACAGCGUCAAGCUUUGGCCCGCCGUCACAGCGUUCAGCUUCAUGUAUGUGCCGCCGCAGUUCCGGAACGUCUUUUCGGGCUGCAUUGCGGUCGGCUGGCAGACAUAUUUGAGUUGGCUGAACCAGAAGGCUGCUCGCGAAGUCCAGGUGGCCGAGCUGGCGGCCGCAAACCCGCCCGACUACGGCUCCGAUUUCACUCCGGAUGACGAGCAGAUCCUGAGCGAACUGCUCGCCCAAGCCGUCGCGGACCACGCGUCCGCUGUCGACGCCACCGCGCCGCGCGCACAUCCCCCAGUAACUGAGAACGCGACAAACACAGCUGCAGCAGCGGAUCUAAUCGAUCUCAACUCCUUGAACCCGGCUGCAGUCGCAGAUAUUGAAGAUGGCUUGGAGAACCCCUCGGGUGUCCGGCUGCCUAAGGUGCUGGGUCGGGAGAGGAAGCCCCGUUCUCCGUGGCGGCAGUCAAACCAGCCUUUCCGGUCCAUUCAGACAAGUCAGGGCGCAAACGACAGGAACAGCCCGUUUGGUGAGACUGGUCCUUCGCCUGCUUCCCUGACGCCCUGCCAUCCGAAGCGUUUAGUCGAGCACCCCAGUUCCACUGAGGGUAGAGAGAUAGAGCGAGAGCGCAACGCGGUCCGCGAGCGUGAAUGGACGCGAGACCCAGAGGCUGCGGCGCUUGAUCCUCGAACCCCUGUCGAGCGCUUUCGACGCCCGCCGAACAAGGCGUUUUCCGUGACGGAUCUGGUGUCGCCCGCCUGGUGCGAGUUGCAGUACUGGUACACACUGACAAAACAUGGGAGGAAGAAGAGAACGCCGGCUAUGAAGAUGGGGAGUGUCGUGCAUAAGACGCUGGAGGAUGAGAUCUAUACCACUGUCCCCGUGGAGAUCACCACGAAGGAAGAUGCUUGGGCGCUACGGAUAUGGAAUGUGAUCCAGGGCCUGCGCAUGUUGCGGGAGUUUGGCAUCACGCGUGAAAUGGAGAUCUGGGGGGUUGUGGAUGGGGAGGUGGUCAAUGGAGUGAUCGACCAAUUGUCCAUCGAAUGUCCGGAUCCCGAGCUCGAGGCCACGGCUUCCGGUUACUACGCAGAUACUGCUGCAUCGAGGGAGGCCUUGCCGGAAUAUCAGAUGUCCUUGUCAGACUAUCUCCUGUCUCCGGCUGGGGGUGGUCGACGACUCGAAGAUCUUGCCCGGCCAGAACCCCAACCUGAGAAGGAAGAAGUGCCUGCGGCCGUGUACGAUCUGCCGCGAGUUUACAUGACGGACGUGAAGACGAAGGCCAGUCGGUCCAUUCCGACAGUCAAAAGCACCGGGUUUCGUCCCACUCUUCUCCAACUCCAGCUUUACUACCACAUGCUCAACCGCAUGAUCACCAGCGACGAUGUCACGAUCGAAAUGCUUGCACAACGCUAUGAUCUCGACCUUGGACGUCCCUUCUCUGAAUUAUUCCUCAGAGAAGUGGGUGGGCUGAAUGACCAAUUCUUCGAUACCCUUACGUCCCAGGGAUUUGACCUUGAUGAUAAUAUCUUUACACCGGACGACGCACGGAAGGUCUUUCACAGCUCACCUCCAUCCAGUAGCCAAGACUCCACCAGCAUCCUCAUGGCUCACAACAACCUCUCUCGCAUCUGGGGGUUUAUGAAAGACCAAAUCCGGCUCACGUUUCUCCCGCCACCCACAUCCUCAAUAUCACCAUCCAUCCCAUCACUUACUCAACCGACCAUGCUCGAAGAAUAUUCGACUCUCCUGUCCCCGAUCCUCACUGCUCGAUACCUUUCAUCUGCUCCUACGGACGACCUGCAGCCACAACACCUUGGAAGCCGCUCCUUCCUGUUUGAUCCCACGACCAUGACGUCGUACCUGACCGAUCAGAUGGAGUGGUGGCGUGGUGAGCGUGAUCCGCGAGGUGUCGACGUCAUGGAGGCAUGGAAAUGCCGCAUCUGCGAGUUUCGCGAUGAUUGCUCCUGGCGUCAAGAGCGAGAGUGGGCCUAUGCAAGACGGAAUCGAGCGGACUAG